AGAAAAAAUGAUAAUUUGUUUAAAGGAAUAAACAAGAAAUUUUUGGAAAUUUUAAGACAAGCGAAAUCAAAAUGACAUAUUUGGUCAAAGAUUCAUAGGACAAACGAAGAAAUAUCUAAAGAACAUCGAUCUUCUAGUCAAACAAUAACCCCAAAGAUAUAUAUGGUUAAUGAUUCAUGCACACAUUGACUCAUUAUUCAGUAGUUGUGGAUGAAUAUGGAAAGAUCCCACAUGGGAGUUCUAACUUAUGGAAGCCAGAAACCAAAGGAGAAGAAUUUCACCCUCACAUGCGGAACUCGAAGCGCUUUCUUGAACUAAAGAAUACAUGCUAUAAUUGUCGACGUCUCAGCUUUUUGGCACCGAUUGUAAGGAUAUAAUCUCAAUGAUUUAAUAUCCAAGAUCAUGGUUAAGUUUUUCCGCAUAAUUAAAUGAACUAUCAAGAUUGAAGAGUAUAUUUGCUGAUUUCUAUAUCGUGUUUUAUCCUUGUUCUGAAAAUGUUGAUUCAGAUUCAUUUAGCUAAGAUAUCAAGAGAAUUUCAUAAAAACUUGUAGUACACUAGUUGUUCUUUUCUGGUAUGGUUCUAUAGACCACUCAAUCCUGAGUAAUAUAACAACCGUUUGAUAAAGAAACUUCUCUGCAAUUUAUCAAUAAAUCAUGUAUUUUUAGAAAAGUUACUAUAAGAUGAAAAAAUGAAAUGAUAUACCUUAUUUUUUAUCUUUAAUUUUUUAGAAAAGUUUUUAAGAAAUCAUGAGAGCUGUGAUUAAUCUUUAUGAAUAGCUUUCGCUAAAAUGACGUAUUGGAUGAAUGAAAAUAAAGUAAAGUAGGAUUCUUUGUUAUACUACGGAAACAAAAAGUGAAGCAAUAAACCUAGAAGAAUAGAUAAAAGAUAAUGUUUUAUUGAUCAAUAUAGCACAAGUACAACAUAUUGGUUCGUGAACCCUAGUUCUAGCUAUCUGCUUUUAUAGUUGAAAAUGAAUAAUAGUUGAUCCUCUUUUCUAGAGUUUAUGAGUUAUAGAUUUAUAUAGUCAAAAUCUAGUAUGGAAAGAUAUCCCUUUAUUACAAGUUUUUCAUUUUAUCCGGAAGCAAGAGGAAAACAUGACUCAAAGACCAUAAAUCGUUUGAGCAAUAGAAUAAAGUCAGUGUCCUUGAGUAGAUUAAUUAUCCUCAAUGAUUUAUCCUUUAUCUUCCGAUUUCAUAUUCGGUAGAUAACUUGUACAUUUCACGAAAGCAUAUUAGGUCAGUUCAUGGCGAAAAGUGGAAGGAGACCGAGACUUCUCAUUUUUUUCUCUUUGUUUCUUAACGGAGAUGAGAUGAGACGAAGCUUUCUCUGGUGCUCUACCAGGUUGUUUGAUUCCGGGAGGCGGAGGCUAUUUCAGCUUCGUCGUCGUCGGCUUUUGAUCUCGGGGAGGUAGAGGCUUCCGAAGCUCUGCGCUGCCGACAAUAGAAAUUUAUUUUCCUUUGUGAUGCGAUCGAUGGGUCUAUAGCUUUGAUUCUCUGGGAGUCGGAGGAGAUCUCGACUGGGUCGAUGACGAUCUCUGUUGGUGGAGCUUAGGCAUCGUUGUGUAUGCUUGAAGCUAGUGGGUUUCUUUGCUUGUGGUUCUGUUUCUCGAAAGCUCCGGUGGUUGAUGAUUAGGAUCCGUCGACGUCUUUCAGUUUGGAGAGAUUGGUCGCGAUGUUUCCUUUGAAUGGGUGCUUGGUGAAUGUUCUCUUGGCUUCACGUUUGAUGGCUUGAUAAUCGGAUGAGAUCUUGAUAGGCGAUGAAACUCUCCGAUGAUGUGCUAAAGCGAUGAAGGAGGAGAUGUUGUAGUCUCUGGUUUUUCUUCAUCCGUUCGGUGGUUCGAUGGGUUCGGUGUGCGGUGGUUACAAGCUCCGGUGUAUUCCGGUGAAACACGUGUUCGUUUCGUUUUUCUCCGGUGAUGACUCGUAGUUUGAGUCAAGAUGUGGUGACCUAGUGACGCGUGUCCCUUGAUGGCGAGGGUCUCAACACGUGUACGUCCAAGUGAAUUUCCUGAUGUGUGGUAACGUAUGGCGCCGAUCGGGGGUUUUUUUUGAGCUUACGACUUAGGUAGUGUCUUUAGUUACCCUUGUGUUUUGGGUUUUCUGUUUAAUACGUUUGGGCUUUUAUGUUGGCCUUAGACCCUUAUGGUGUUGUAUCUUUUUGUUGUGAUACUUUUAAGAUAAAUGGAAAUUUCAGAUGGCAAAAAAAAAAAAAAACUUGUACCUUUCAGUCGAUCGAAAUUGUACCCUCAAAGCAAGUUUGUGGGUGGUAUGAGGAAUAAAAUGUUGUUUCAUAUAUAUUAUUCGGAUUAUCUUGAUAUGUGUCCUAUUGAAUUCAGUAGGAGAUGCUUUAUGUAAAAUGCACAUGGUGACAAAAGAAACUGGGAUCUCUUAAUGGACUCUUGGCCUUGGAUUCCCAUUUCAAUGUUUUGUCACAUGGUUUAAGUGGUGAUUGGGCUUAUGGACACAUGGCCUUGUAGUUGAUGUGAUUCAUCUAGUCUAAAGGGCGCAUAGCUGGACCAGAUGAUAAACUCAUUGAUAAUGCUUCAUGAGCAUGAUGUGUCGUGCUUAGGAAAAAGAUGUCAUGGUCUGAAGCUACAAAAAGUGGAUAUCUUAGUCUAAUUGGUGAUGAUUUCGUAUGUCUUUUGAAAAAGGAUCAUCUUUAAAUGUGUUAUUUUGUCGUAUAGGAAAAAUACAUGACUCGGGCCCGGAGGAAGGCAUUGCAAAAGAAAUUCUUUGGAGCAUAUAUUAUGAUAUUGGAUUUUAAGCCUUUGGGAAAUUUAUCUCCCUUUGAUUUUUUUUUCCAAUCUCAAUUUGAUUGCAUGAAAAAAGUAAAGAAAAAAGACACAUUAAAUGAAUUGGAAUCUCAGGAGUUCUUUUAAAUUUUCAGAUUUUCAUACUUAAUAUUCCCUCUGUAUUAUUAAGUCAGAUGUUUUAGAAAAAAAAAUUGUUUUACAAAAAUACUUUUGUAUUUUCUAUGAAAAAAUUGUGAUCUUCGAGAAAAUUAAUUGAUUUUAUUAAAUUUAUUGGUUAAAUAUUAUUAAAAAUUGAAAAUUACAAAAAGUGAUAUAUUUAUUAUAGUGAGUUAAUGUGUUUUUUUAUGUGUGAAAGCACUAAAAUAUAUCUUGUGAAACGGACGCAGUAGUAAUUAUUUUAUCAAAAAGAGUCAGAUUUCAAAUUGAUCAAUUGAUUUUUUUUAGAUGGAUAUAUCUUGGUUGGGAUAGCGCUUUUAGUUUGAAGAGAAUCUCGAAUCUCAAUCACUGUUCCAUUUAUAUUCCCACAAACGAAUAACAAUAACAGCUGCCAAACUCAUAGAACUCAAGCUCGAAGAGCAUAAACUUUCCAUACCAUUUCAUUCGAUUGCCAUCGGUCUCAACGGCUGAGAAUCCAUACCUGUAAGUAAGAUCCUCUCUUUGACAUGGACAAAGCUUUAAGCCCGGAAAAAUGGCAAGCCAAAGUGUCAGUUACGCUCACAAAAGCAAAGCCUAACCAAAUCUGGCUUCUCUUCACCGAUUUCUUCAAUUUCAACAAGUGGCUCCAAACGCUCACGACGUGUCACGGCGUCCACGGCAUCAACGGUGAACUCGGCUGCAUCAGAUUCUGUUCCGGCUCCUCCAUACGGUCCAACGGCGUAGAACCCACCGUGGGAUGGUCUAGGGAGAAGCUGGUGGCCGUUGAUCCCGUGGAGCGAGUGAUGAGAUACGAGAUAGUGGAAAGUAACAUUGGAUUCGAGUCAUAUGUCUCGACGGUGAGGAUAUUGCCACGUGAUGAAGAAGGUUGUGUGAUUGAGUGGGGUUUCACCGUUGAUCCCGUAGGAGGAUGGUCUCUAGAUGAUCUGGUGAAGAAGUAUGAGAAAGCACUAGGAAUAAUCGCCAAGAACAUGGAAGAGGCUUUGACAAGAACAGUCUUAUUUCAAAAGUUGUAGUAAAACUGAAUAGCAAAUAAAUCGAGAUGCUCUUUUUGCUUUGUUUUUGUCAUCCGUACGUUUAUUAACAAAUUUGGAAUAAAUAAAGUUGGAGAUUAAAACCA